AUGUACCUGAAAUAUUUAUUGAUAAUCAUUUCAGGUACAUUCCUAAAAUAUAGUUUUGAUUUAUCCUAUUUGGAUGGAUUCAUAUAAGUAUGUUUUGUACAAUUUUGGCUUCUAAUUUGUUUAUUGACUUAUUUUAAUAAAUCAAAAUAACUUAUGAUCUUUAUUUGCAAAAGAAAAUUUAAGAGAAAAUCGAAUAGGAGAGAAAAUAUUAUUUCAAUCAUUUGUAAGGAUUUUUAAAAUAAAAAUAAUUAUUAAUAAAGACAAUAAUUAAUUAUAAGUUUCCAUAUUAAAUACAAAUAUUCAAUACAUUAUUUAAUAUUUCACUAAAAUAGUUAAAGUAAUAUCUCCUUCUAUAAUUACUUGGAACGAAUAAUUAGAAUUUCCAUAGCAGAAUUAAUUUUAAGUCUUUAUGCAUUCUAAAUGGAAAAUAAUAAUAAUAAUAAUAAGAGGAAAGCUCAGUUAUAUUGUAUUGAUCACAUCAACUUAAUCAUUAUAGGUUAUAACUGA